AUGCCAGAUCCGUACUCCGUUCCAGUGGAACCAUUCCGCUAUGACCUUCCGGACGACUGUGCAAUCAAGUUCACCCAUGGCGAUCUCCAUCCCAGUAACAUCAUUGUCACCCCGUCCGCCCCUCACCAUACCCUGGCGAUUGUCGACUGGGAGCAGUCUGGUCUGCUGCCCGAGUACUGGGAAUCUUGCAAGGCGCGAUAUGCCUAUUUUAGAACCGAGGAUUGGUCGACGACCUAUCUGCCCAUGAUCUUGGAUCACUUUGCUAGUACUUGGGAUUCAUGGGACUACUACAUGUCGUCGAUGGGACCUGAAGUCAUUACUUACGCACUGUUAGACAUUUUUCCUCGCAGCCGCCACUGA